AACAAAUGAAGGUCUACCUUUCCAGACCUGCCUGUAUCUCCGCUCUGACUGCUCUGCUGUAGUCACGCUGUCUGCCACAGCAGCCGAGGAUGUUAUUCUAGGUUUAUUUAUAAGGGGAGUGGAAAAAAAACGGGAAGAUGCGCCUGGAGGGGAAACGUCACAUUUUCAGUAGGAGCGACGGUGUGGUGAGACUGUGACCGAGCCGGGGAGAGGAAUAUGCGGCACAUAACCUCCGCGCGUCGGGCCAGGGCGUCGGAUCUUUUCCGGAUUAACGUCCUAUAGCUGGAUGAUGCGAUUUCUUUCUUCAGACACACAGGAUUUGAUGAUCGCACCACGUUUAAGCGGGAAUCUGUAGCCUGUGUGAUCCCCCAGUAACGCCACCCCGGACCCCCCGGACCGGUUUCAUGGGAGCCGAACCAAGAGGCGAACUGUGCUCAUAAUCACUGCAGGAAAGCAUCACUUUAAAGUUCGUUCAAGUUUCUGGAAAAAGGAUAAGGAUUUGGCUGCUUUGGUGCCACAUUUAACAUUAUAAGAAAGCCACAGUUUGUGCAGGGAGGGUCAUUUCAGUCUACAGGGUCUCACUAAUAGAGGAUUUAACUGUCAUAGAGUUCAUAUAGAGAACUGAGUCCUAAAUCAUUCGAGCUAAAAUGCGACACAAUAAAGUUAUUGUUACGACCCUGAUGAUGCCACCCUGGGGGUCCUUUCAGGGAAGGGAGACUGGAGAGUGAAAGCGGGAUAUCUGCGCCUUUAAUCGGACACGGAGGCGACGCAAGGAGGACAAGCCAGCUUCUUUUUUUGGAUUGGUCCAAAAAAUAUUUUUUGCGUGCCCCUUGGACUCCUGCACAAUGGGGAUUAUGCUACAAGUUAUUCUAGGAAUGUUUCAAUUCCUGCUGCUCACCAGAAUACCGACUUCUCACGCCAAGCUUGCUCACUGGCGCCCUGCCGACUCCCCCAAAUCCAGAGAAGGUCGAGAAGUGCGACGGUGGUUGGAGGUGUACUCGCGGAGCGGCUGCGAGCCUCGAGACACUCUGGUGGAGGUUUGGCGGGAGUUUCCAGGUGAGACCCACAGCCUCUUCAUCCCAUCUUGUGUGUCGGUGAGGCGAUGUGGCGGCUGCUGUGCUGACGAGGCUUUCGAGUGUGUACCCACGCUCACACACACAGUUACCAUGGAGCUGAUGAGGACGUCCUUUAUGAAGCACGAGCUCACUGAGCUGCCCUUCAUCGAGCACAGCCAAUGUGAUUGCAGGUUAAAGGAACACCUCCAGCCAACACCUACAUCAAGGGCCUUUCUGAAGCCAGCAAGAAAAGGCAAGAAAAAGGAGAGAGGGAGGAAGUCCCAACAGAAGACAACUGGAGCCACCAGAGCUGCAACCCAUGCUCCUCCAGCUCCUUCUGCCACAUCUUCUCCUCCACCACCAUCACUGCCUCCCACCAAUAUGUCUCCCUCCACCAUUUCCUUCCCAUCCCCCUCUCCUUCUUCUCCUUCUCCUUCUUCUUCUCUUUCCCCCUCUCCCACGACCCAUUGUCGCCCAUGCCGAAGGAGGAAGUGGGCCUUGGAUGCAACGACAUGCCAGUGCCGCUGCACCGUCACAGCUGAAACCUGCAGCCAAAAAGGCCGAAAGCUCAACCCUCGUCGCUGCAAGUGUGAAGCCAUGAGGACUUGAUGUGUCCGCCCACAUUCUUUUCGCCUCCAUCUCUCCACUAAAUCCCUGUCGAUUCAUCGCCCACCCUCAGCAUCAGUGCCAUAGACCAUACAGACACUUGGAAAGGCGGCGUCUCAAACUGAGGGGAAGCACACAGAAGAACCUGUAGCAGAGCUCCAGUAAAGCAACAAGUUCAUCAUCACUGCAUACAUCUGCUGUGUGCAAACAUCUUUCCGCCUCCGUGCUUCUGUGGGAAAGAUUCUAUCAGUCUGCAUGUACAUUGCGUGUGCUGACAUGUAGCGUCGCAAAACACAUCCAAUCAGUGGAGGAUGAAAGUGGCAACUUUGAGAGGCAUGGGAAUAGACAGAGAAAAUCUUUCUCGGUGUACACAAGCCUGCAGGGGAACGCGCUGUGCUGUUAUUUCGGAGGCUGGACUCCGGGAAGUUCCUUUCACCUGCAAUUAAACUUGUAAACACAAGAGAACAGUGGAAACAAGAGCUAUUAUACUCCAUGAGAACAACGCAGAUGCAGAGGAGGAGUCUUACACAGGUGUCCUCGCAAGGAAACUGCACAUGACGGAUUCCAGGGUUAAGUCGAGGCCAGUAUUUUGCAGAGGAUUAAGGAAACAACAGCAACAGAUUACUGAUGGACACAUACACACAUACAACAGACAUACAAGAGUGACAUAGGACAUGCACAUGAACUGGCACCCCAGUGUGCGUGGACCUAUAGUUUAGCUGAAUGCUGGGAUGAAGUAUAUCUGUGUGGUCUCCCCAGUGAAAGACCCAGAUGGGUUAACCGUGCAGCCGCUCUCCCUUUUAUUCAAAGCUGGCUCUCCAAGCCGCUUUCCAGCAUUUGUUUAAUUUCGGCCUUUUGUCUCCGUCUUUCCUCGGUUCCUCGAUUGAAAGGAGCCGCAUCGCCUCGCUUUGCCUCUCUUUGAGGCAGUGAGGAGAAUGACAAUAAUGAGGCCUGGCGGCUGUCCACUGCUUCACACACACACAGAUUCACACUUAUAAUACCAGGAACACAGAUGACACACACACACACUCACAUACAGACACAGUUUCAGCACACACACACACACACGCAAUGUGAAUUGAAUGCAGGUAGCCAUAAGCUUUUGUUUGUGCAACACCAAGUGUGCACAUAUAUGUGAGUUGUUUAUUUGCAAUUUACUGCAAAGUCUUCACUGAGUAUUGUAUUACUUGCCUCUGUUUUAUAUGUGUUUAUAAUUCUGUUGAGUUGAUUUGAAAGAUAUUCUAUAUUGCAGAAGUUUUCUUUGUUUUUUGUUUUUUUGUUGUUGUUUUUUUUCCCUUGUUCAUCUUUAAUCCGCAUCUGCCACACUGGGUGGCCAGCUAAUACCCAAAUGUAUUGAAUUGAAACAGAGACGACUCACACGGGCCACAAAUGUGUGAGUCUCACACACACAAAACUCACACGGAAGAGAUGGGUGCAGAGACGAUACAUCAUAAUGUGUAAUUCAAACAGUCAGUGGGGCAAUGUUGUCGGCAACACAGAGAAACCAAGCAAAUAACCGUCCCCAGUGCAGUGAAAGAAAAACACGGCUGUUGUUGUUGCGUGUUAGAGCCAGGAUGGAAAGAGUGUUAUUCAGCUGGAACAUAACUUGUUUAUAUUCUGACUGACUCUCUCGGUCUAACUCCAUGUUGGUUCAUUGCUGCUGGGUGGGAACAGGGAUUUGAACCAUGCCUGCUUCAGAAAGGACGAGGUCUUGAGCAGCUUGUCAGUCAUUGUGAAGAGCUAAAGCCCUGAGCUCUGAUGGCCUAAAGUGGCAGGUCAUUGAGUUUAAAACCCUGUUUGACACCCAUUCACAGCCUGUGUGCUGUGUUAAAUUCAACUGAGAGCUAGUGACGUCUUAGCGCCAUGGGAAACGGUAGCUUUGAAACUCCUCGAUUCAUGUCUUUACUCUGCCCCAUGAUUCAUACAAUCCUGCCAGUUGAGGAAUAGUCACCCUAAAACAGCGUACAGCCCAGAGUGUGAAUUAUUUAUGUGUCAGCCUUGAAGCAACUUGCAUCAGUGGCUGCUGUGAUAAGCUUUGUAUUUAUACUCUCCUUGGAUGAGAUUACUUUUUUUUUUGCGCUCGAGUUCAUUGUUCAGUGUUUAUUACUGUCAAUCAAUGCUUAAAUCACUACCUCUAUAUCAUAACAUAUUAAUGACCAAGUAUUAGAGCAUUAUUGUUACUUUCUCUGUGAUAUUUCAGACCUCGUCUUAAGAUGAUGAUAGUUUUAGCAAUAAGCAUUGUCUCAGCUGUAGAGACUUGGAGCUGCAGCAGAUCUGCAGUGGUCAUCACUGGUUUAGAGGGACCUAUAGGAGUUUUUAUGAAAGGAGAGCUGAACUGGUCCUUUGAGUGCAGACCAGACACUGUGUGAUGAUGUGCAAACAGGAAAUGGUUUCCCAAAGCUUUUGUUACCUCAAACUGCUACUGAAAUUAUAGGAAUAGUUUGACAUUUUGGGAAAUACACGAGUUGGAUGAGACGAUUGUUCCUGCUCUCUGUGCAAUCAAAAUAAAUACAGAGGGGAAUAGCCUGUGUCCAGAGGUAAAUCGACCUCACUAUGGUCUUUGUACAGUUUUACUACACAACAUGCUUGAAAGGGUCCACACUACUAAAUUAUUUUUUACUUCUGGACCUGUUCAAACCAUCUGUUUAUGUCACUUUUUAAUCUUUAAUCGAAACUACUUUGUUUUUGCUAUUGGAUAGAGAUGGUGAAAUAUCUUAUUAUCUCCAUGUAGACAAAAAAGCACAAUUUUUUUUUAAAAAAAAAGGUCAUUCCCAACAAGACACUUCCACAGGGGCUUGGGGUAUGUGGAUUGAUAAGCUUAAGUAAUCUGGAAAUAAACGAGCAAAUGUAACAGUAAUUUUAAUUUAAUUUAAUAAAACCACGAGUGAACCAUGACUGAAGUUACCAGUUAACCUAAAAGUAAUGGAUGAGCAGUAGAAAGAGAAUUCAUAACAUAUUAAAAGAGAUAAGUUACUUGUUAAAACAUGAAAACAUGGUUGGAAAAAGUGACGUAAAAUUGUAAGGUGAUAGUGUGGAGAAAUGUGAAAUAUUAAAUUGGACAUUAGCUAAAUAAAAAUAUGGUUACCCAUUAAAACGUGAGCUACUGGUAUAGAUUAACAUAACACAAAUAUCUAAUCAGCCAAUCACAUGGCAGCAGAUCGAAGCUUUUAGGCAUGCAUUUGAAGUUAACACUGGAAAUCAUUCUUCUUUUUAAUAAUGGUGUGAAAAAAAAGAAAAUAUCCAGUGAGCUGCAGUUCUCUGUGUGAAAAUGCCGUGUUGAUGACAGUGUCAGAGAAGAAUGACCAAACCGGUUCUAGCAGAAGGUAACAGCAACUUAAUUAACCACUAAUUAUGACCAAAGUUAUGCAGAAGAGCAUCUCGGUAGCAGAAGACCACAGGAUGCCAUUUCUGCCAACUAAAACAGGAAGCUAAGGCUUUACUUUGAACAAGUUUAGUGAAAUCAAGCAAUAGAAGACUGGAAAAAUGUUGCCUGGACUGAUGAGUCUUGAUUUCUCCUGCCACAUUCUAAUGGGAGGGUCAGAAUUUGGUGUAAACAACAUGAAACCUUAGAUCCUGCCUACCUUGUAUCAUGACUCAGGCUGAUGGUAGUGAUUUAAUUGUGUGGGCGUUAUUUUCUUGGCAAACUCUGGGUCCUUUAUUCCCAACUGAGUAUUAUUUAAGCCUUAUUAUUCAGCCUGCCUGAGUAUUAUUGCUGACUAUGUCCAUCCCUUUGUGACCACAGUGUACCCAUCUGCUAAUAGCUGCUUCCAGCAGGAAAACAUGCCAUUUCACAAAGCUCAGAUCACCUCAGCCUGGUAUCCUGAAGCAGGCAAUGAGUUCACUGGACUCAAAUGGCUUCCGUUCAUCAGAUCUCAAUCCAAUAGAGCACCUUUGGGAUGUGCAUCCAAUUCUAUCAUGUCAAUAUGGAGCAAAAUCUCUGAGAAAUGUUUCCAGCAUAUUUUUGAUUCUGUGCUAUGAAGACAAUUCUGAAGGCAAAAGGGAGUCAAAUUCAGUACUAGUGAGUUGAGUGCCAGUGAAUGUUACUAGUAGCUAAAAGUAGUGGUUGAAAUAAACUAAUACUGCAUAUACUAGCAAGUAACCACAAAAGAUAAAUCAUGAGGUGAAUGUAAUUCCUCAGAUGUAGUCCAUAUCCAGUUUAUUACAGAAGUGCUUACAGUGUUGGGGAGUAACGGAAUACAUGUACCGCCGUUACGUAUUUAAAAUACAAAAUAUGAGUAACUGUAUUCCGUUACAGUUACCGUUUAAAAAGGUGGUAUUUAGAAUACAGUUACUUUGUUGAAAUAAAUGGAUUACACGGCGGUAUUUUCCUGUUUCAUAUUGUGGCGGGUCAGGACUGUUUGGGUUUUGUUUGACAGCUACGCUCUGUUGUUCCAGGCGGCAGCGUUACGGUUGCCAUGGUUACGGGGUGACGCUCUCUCUCUGCGUGUUUCCUGGGUGAGAGAGCGCCUUUUUGUUGUUGCUACAGCUCUAAAGAAUGUAGCAUCAUGGGCAGUGUAGUCCGUGCUGCAGGGAGAAUGGACUGCCAUACUCGUUAUGUGUCUGUGAGCGCCAGGAGGGAGAAAAAGGCGAGUGGAAAAGUACGAGUUGUCAUCGAGCAGAAACGGGAGCUGGAAGCAUGUAAAUAUAAUAAUAACCACUGCAGCCAAGAAGAGUGCCUGACGAGCCCAGUUGUAAGUACGCUAUUAAGACUCGACUGUACGUUGUGUUCGUGUUUUCCUCCGAAACAAUAAGUUCCGUUGGAGCAGCCUUUCAACGCCUCUCUUUGUCUCUUGCAAGCAAAGUUGACCCAGACAACAAAGUAAAGCUAGUUUUCGGCUACGAGCCGUAUUAGCCAGAGGUCCCUUUACUACGGUUCGGAGCCGCGGACCUUCAGUAACAGUAAUAAAUCACAGCAAUAGUACAUUCACGUAGUUGUAAAAAGCAUGAUAAUGUAUUAAGUAAUCCAAAGUAUUCAGAAUACGUUACUCUCAUUGAGUAACGUAACGGAAUACGUUACAGAAUACAUUUUGGUGCAUGUAUUCUGUAAUCUGUAAUGGAAUACAUUUUAAAUGUAACCUUCCCAACACUGAGUGCUUAAUACAGGAGAUACAGUAAAGGUUCGGAAGCAGUGUUUCAAACUAUUCCUCUAAACUUAUCUGUGGCUAUUUCUGUCCAUCCAUUUUUUAUUUGCAAGCACUGAUACUUCUUUUCCAGUCUUCAUUUAUUAAUAAUAGGGAACAAAAUGUGCCUGGUGACUGAGGAGACAAAUGUUUUGGGAAACCUAAGAGUCCAUGCCUCAGUACUGAUUACAUAUACUGUAGAUUAGUCCAGUGGUGAAAACAAUGAGCAAAUGGACUCCAAUCAUGCAGACAUGUGUGACUAUUUAACAUCAUUCCACCCAAGGGAGUUGUGGUGCUGAGAUAUCUUUUUGGGUGCCACUCAGGCUCCAAAUGUUAUUUCUUGUGACCAGAUUUUCCUAUGUCAAAAUAUUAAUUCUGAACAACAAAAGCAACAACAACUUCCGCAUGUACUUGCUGCUGUUAUUUCAGCAUUACAACUCUUUAACCUGUAACACCUGGAAAUAUUAAUAUCGUGUUCAGAUGUCCUGUGUGAGCAUUAAACAUCAGUGUGCUUUGUAUCUGCACAGUCUACAUCGUACUGUUAGCCCUGUUCUAGCCUCCGGUGUCUUAGUGGCCUAUAGAUACCCCCUACUAACUAUGUAACUUUUAUAAUCUCUAAUAUCCUGCCAUGACUAUGUGUAUGACGUAGUGCAUACUCUAGAAAUGUAUUUGUUACUUCAUUUGUAUUGCAUUACCUUGCAACGAAUCUCUUCUCUGCAAAUACAUUGUAAUACUGUAGCCUACGUAUAGAAAAUGAAACUACACUCUUUUUUUUGCUGCUACACCAUUUGUGCCCUUUUAAUAUGUCUUUGUAGAAAACAAUGCAGUUUUAUGUUUCAUGUAUUAGCAUAUAAAUGCCAAUUAAUCGAUUUUAAUGUCCACAUUAAAGUGUAUACUACAUCAUCAAAUAUAUUCAACAUGAUACCAGGAUACAGCCGUGAUGUUACAGAUGUGAUUAAAGGAAAUGUCUUAUUUUUCAUAAAAACCUCCGCUUUCCUUGUCUAACUGAUGUCCCCGCGCUUUGACCUCAUCCC